AGGGUGGGGGAGUCGGUGCCGGCCGGGGCGGGCGGGCCGUCAGCUGCCCGGCCCGUCGCCUACCUCCCCGCCCCCCGGCUUCCUGCGGAGGCCGCGGCCGCCAUGUUGUUGUGGGGCUGAGGCGGCGCCGCGGAGCCCGAGCGCCGGUGACAGGCUGCGCAACAGGUUCGCUGUGGGCGGCCUGGCGACGAACCGGGCGGCGGCGGCGGCGGUGGCCGACCAGGGUCUCCCGGCGUCCGUCCGCGACCGCGCUGCGGGUCCCGAGGGGCGCGGGGUCGCGCUGUGACGUGCAGGAGGCGCGGCGGGGGCGCCAGCGUAAUGAAGGAAGUUGGAGGGUCCUGAUGUAAUCCUGAUGGCUGAGAGCUAGCAAGGAAAAUUCAGGACCAUGAUGGCUCAGUUUCCCACAGCAAUGAAUGAGCAAAAAAGAUCAGUGCGUCAUAUUUUUACCACUCGUGACUCUAAUUCUGGUGUCUUCUGCACCAGCAGAAUCAUCCUUGCCAGAGUCUUCUUUGAUCAUGGAGGGCCAAACAUGUGGGCUAUUACUUCUGAGGAACGGACUAAGCAUGACAAGCAGUUUGAUAGCCUCAAACCCUCAGGAGGUUACAUAACAGGUGAUCAAGCACGUACCUUUUUCUUACAGUCAGGCCUGCCGGCUCCUGUUUUAGCUGAAAUAUGGGCUUUAUCAGAUCUGAACAAGGAUGGGAAGAUGGAUCAGCAGGAGUUCUCCAUAGCAAUGAAACUCAUCAAGCUAAAGCUGCAGGGCCAACAGUUGCCCGUAGUCCUCCCUCCUAUUAUGAAACAACCUCCUAUGUUCUCUCCAUUAAUUUCUGCUCGUUUCGGAAUGGGAAGCAUGCCCAAUCUGUCCAUUCCUCACUCAUUGCCUCCAGUUGCACCUAUGGCAACCCCCUUAUCCUCUGCGACUUCAGGGACCACCCUUCCUCCCUUAAUGAUGCCUGCUCCCCUAGUGCCUUCCGUUAGCACAUCAUCACUACCAAAUGGAACCGCUGGCCUCAUUCAGCCUUUAUCCAUUCCUUAUUCUUCUUCAACAUUGCCUCAUACGUCAUCUUACAGUCUCAUGAUGGGAGGACUCGGCGGCGGUGCUAGUUUACAGAAAGCCCAGUCUCUGAUUGAUCUAGGAUCUAGCAGCUCAACUUCCUCAACUGCUUCACUGUCAGGGAACUCGCCCAAGACUGGGACCUCCGAGUGGGCAGUUCCUCAGCCUUCAAGAUUAAAAUAUCGACAAAAAUUUAAUAGUCUUGACAAAAGUAUGAGUGGAUACCUCUCAGGUUUUCAAGCUAGAAAUGCUCUUCUUCAGUCAAAUCUUUCCCAAACUCAGCUAGCUACUAUUUGGACCCUGGCUGACAUUGAUGGUGACGGACAGCUGAGAGCUGAAGAGUUCAUCCUUGCGAUGCACCUCACUGACAUGGCCAAAGCGGGACAACCAUUACCACUGACGUUGCCUCCUGAGCUUGUCCCUCCGUCUUUCAGGGGAGGAAAGCAAAUUGAUUCUAUUAAUGGAACUCUGCCUUCAUAUCAGAAAAUUCAAGAAGAGGAACCUCAGAAAAAAUUACCAGUUACUUUUGAGGACAAGCGGAAGGCCAACUACGAGCGAGGAAACGUGGAGCUGGAGAAGCGACGCCAAGCGCUGAUGGAGCAGCAGCAGAGGGAGGCCGAACGGAAGGCCCAGAAAGAAAAGGAAGAGUGGGAGCGCAAACAGAGAGAAUUGCAGGAGCAGGAAUGGAAGAAGCAGCUUGAAUUAGAAAAACGCUUGGAGAAGCAGAGGGAACUGGAAAGACAGCGGGAGGAAGAAAGGAGAAAAGAGAUAGAAAGACGAGAGGCAGCAAAACAGGAACUGGAAAGACAACGUCGUUUAGAAUGGGAGAGGAUUCGUCGACAGGAGCUUCUCAAUCAAAGGAAUAGAGAACAGGAAGAAAUUGUCAGGUUAAACUCUAAAAAGAAGAGUCUUCAUCUCGAGUUGGAAGCACUGAAUGGCAAACAUCAGCAGAUCUCAGGCAGACUUCAAGAUGUCCGACUCCGAAAACAAACUCAAAAGACUGAGAUAGAAGUUCUAGAUAAGCAAUGUGACCUGGAAAUCAUGGAAAUCAAGCAACUCCAACAAGAACUUCAGGAUUAUCAAAAUAAGCUUAUCUAUUUGGUACCUGAGAAGCAAUUACUAAAUGAAAGAAUUAAGAACAUGCAACUCGGUAACACACCUGAUUUAGGGAUUGAUUUGCUUCAUAAAAAAUCAUUGGAAAAGGAAGAAUUAUGCCAAAGACUUAAAGAACAAUUAGACGCUCUUGAAAAAGAAACUGCAUCUAAGCUAUCCGAAAUGGAUUCAUUUAACAAUCAACUAAAGUGUGGGAAUAUGGAUGACUCUGUUCUGCAGUGCCUUUUGUCUCUGCUAAGCUGUCUCAACAACCUCUUCCUCUUACUUAAGGAACUGAGAGAAAGCUACAACACACAGCAGUUAGCGCUUGAACAACUUCAUAAAAUCAAACGUGACAAGUUGAAGGAAAUUGAAAGAAAAAGGUCAGAGCUAAUACAGAAAAAGAAACUAGAAGAUGAGGCUAUAAGGAAAGCAAAGCAAGGAAAAGAAAACUUAUGGAGAGAAAGUCUUAGAAAGGAGGAAGAAGAAAAACAAAAGCGACUCCAGGAAGAAAAAACCCAAGAGAAAGUUCAAGAAGAGGAGCGGAAAGUGGAGGAGAAGCAGUGUGAGCCAGCUAGUGCUUUGGUAAAUUAUAAAGCAUUAUAUCGCUUUGAAGCCAGGAGCCAUGAUGAGAUGAGUUUUAAUUCUGGGGAUAUAAUACAGGUUGAUGAAAAAACCAUAGGAGAACCUGGUUGGCUUUAUGGUAGUUUUCAAGGAAAUUUUGGCUGGUUUCCAUGCAACUACGUAGAAAAAAUGCCAUCAGGUGAAAAAUCUGUGUCUCCUAAGAAGGCCUUACUUCCCCCUACAGUAUCUGUAUCUGCUACCUCAACUUCCUCUGAAUCACUUUCUUCAAAUCAACCAGCAUCAGUGACUGAUUAUCAAAAUGUAUCUUUUACAAACCUAACUGUUAAUACGUCAUGGCAGAAAAAGUCAGCUUUUACUCGUACUGUGUCCCCUGGAUCUGUAUCACCGAUUCAUGGACAGGGACAAGUUGUAGAAAACCUAAAGGCACAGGCCCUUUGUUCUUGGACUGCAAAGAAAGAUAACCACUUGAACUUCUCAAAACAUGAUAUUAUUACUGUCUUGGAGCAGCAAGAAAAUUGGUGGUUUGGGGAGGUACAUGGAGGAAGAGGAUGGUUUCCAAAAUCUUAUGUCAAAAUCAUCCCUGGGAGUGAAGUCAAGCGGGAAGAAUCAGAAGCUUUGUAUGCAGCUAUAAACAAGAAACCUACCUCUGCAGCCUAUACAGUUGGAGAUGAGUAUAUUGCACUUUAUUCAUAUUCGAGUGUAGAACCUGGAGAUUUGACUUUCAUUGAAGGUGAAGAAAUACUGGUGACCCAGAAAGAUGGAGAGUGGUGGACAGGAAGCAUUGGAGAUAGAACUGGAAUUUUUCCAUCAAAUUACGUCAAGCCAAAAGAUCAAGAGAGUUUUGGGAGUGCUAGCAAAUCUGGAACAUCAAACAAGAAACCUGAGAUUGCUCAAGUAACUUCAGCAUAUGUGGCUUCUGGUUCUGAACAACUAAGUCUCGCACCAGGGCAGUUAAUAUUAAUCCUAAAGAAAAAUUCAAGCGGGUGGUGGCAAGGGGAAUUACAGGCCAGAGGAAAAAAGCGACAGAAAGGGUGGUUUCCUGCCAGCCACGUUAAACUUUUGGGUCCAAGCAGUGAAAGAACUACACCUGCCUUUCAUCCUGUGUGUCAGGUGAUUGCCAUGUAUGACUAUGUGGCAAAUAACGAGGAUGAGCUGAAUUUCUCCAAGGGACAGCUGAUCAAUGUUUUGAACAAAGAUGAUCCUGACUGGUGGCAGGGCGAAAUCAACGGGGUGACUGGUCUCUUUCCUUCAAACUAUGUUAAGAUGACAACAGACUCCGAUCCAAGUCAACAGUGGUGUGCGGACCUCCAGAGCCUGGACACCAUGCAGCCCGGGGAGAGGAAGAGGCAGGGCUACAUCCACGAGCUGAUCCGGACGGAGGAGCGGUACGUGGACGACCUGCAGCUCGUCGUGGAGGUUUUUCAGAAACGGAUGGUGGAGUCAGGCUUUCUCACUGAAGGAGAAAUGGCCUUAAUCUUUGUAAACUGGAAGGAGCUCAUCAUGUGUAACACGAAGCUGCUGAAGGCCUUGCGGGUCCGGAAGAAGACGGGAGGAGAGAAGAUGCCGGUGCAGACGAUCGGGGACAUCCUGGCCGCUGAGCUGUCCCACAUGCAGGCUUACAUCCGGUUCUGUAGCUGCCAGCUGAACGGAGCAGCUCUGUUACAGCAGAAGACGGACGAAGACACGGAGUUCAAGGAAUUUUUAAAGAAGCUGGCGUCCGACCCUCGCUGUAAGGGGAUGCCCCUGUCCAGCUUCCUGCUGAAGCCCAUGCAGAGGAUCACCCGCUACCCUCUUCUCAUCAGAAGCAUUCUGGAGAACACCCUGGAGAAUCACGUAGAUCACUCCUCCCUAAAGCUGGCUCUCGAGCGGGCAGAGGAGCUUUGCUCCCAAGUUAAUGAAGGAGUUCGGGAAAAAGAAAAUUCCGACCGGCUGGAGUGGAUCCAGGCCCACGUUCAGUGUGACGGUCUCGCAGAGCAACUGAUUUUCAACUCCCUCACCAACUGCCUGGGGCCCCGGAAGCUUCUGCACAGUGGAAAGUUAUAUAAGACCAAGAGCAAUAAGGAGCUACAUGGAUUCCUCUUCAACGACUUUCUGCUCCUGACCUACAUGGUCAAGCAGUUUGCUGUUUCCUCAGGCUCUGAGAAGCUUUUCAGCUCUAAGUCCAAUGCCCAGUUCAAAAUGUAUAAAACGCCCAUUUUCCUGAACGAAGUCUUGGUGAAACUGCCCACAGACCCUUCCAGCGAUGAGCCCGUCUUCCACAUUUCUCACAUUGACCGGGUCUACACCCUCCGAACAGACAACAUUAACGAGAGGACUGCCUGGGUCCAGAAGAUCAAGGCGGCCUCUGAGCAGUACAUCGACACGGAAAAGAAGAAACGGGAAAAAGCUUAUCAAGGUACUUGGUGGUGCCCUGGAGGGUUGGAAGCAGCUGCCAGGGGACCCCGGGGAGGGGGACAGGCCCCACCCUCAGGACACAAGCUGCUGCUCCUGCAGAGGGGGCUAAACAGCGACAGCCUGAAGGACAGACUUGCUGGGGGACCAGGCAGUUGUGAUCCCGUUGGCUGCUGCUGCCCUCGGGGCCUCCCUGAACCCCCUACCCACCACACAGAUGGGGGGCAUCCCAUGCCAGCCCUGGGAACCCGCUUCUCUGUGGCAAAGGAAGAAGGUCCUUUGCACAACCAAGCCCACUUUUGCUUGGUCCGUUUUGCUUCACCCAACGUCACGUCCGUGGCCUGCCUGCCUUCACCCAGCGUCACGUCCGCGGCCUGCCUGCCUUCAGCCCGGCUCCUCCUCUCCCCCCGGGCGCCUGCCCCAGCCCCGUCCAAGUCCACCCGUCCGCCUCCACACCCGGGCCCAGAUCCCAGGGCUCUCCUCCCCCUCACACGCCGUUCGCCCCACUUGCUGUCCCCGUCGUGUGCAGAUGGCUCCCUCACGGGACACCAGUGACCUAACCCAUGGCUUCACUCACUCUGAGGUCCCUGCACCCGACGGCAGGAAGUCAGAGCGGCUCCUCUCGUUCUACCCGGAGCCGCCCUCGCCUAAGCUUCUCUGUCCCUCUGCUGUUUCAUGAAGUCAUGCUGGGCUGCUUCCCUGAGCCCACGCUCCGGACACACUGCGACCUCUCCCGGCCGCCUGCUGGGCUUCGCACCCCGGCAUCUCCCGGGAAGCCCCGGGAAUGGCCGUGGUGUCCCCGCCAGCCACACUGCAGCACGCUCUCAGCCCGCACGCUCUCAGCCCGCACGCUCCCCUACUCGGAGGCCACGUCGCGCACCUUCUAUCAUUCUCUUCCCUCGGCCUGGUCCUUUCCCGGUGGCACAGCCCAGUUAAGACCCUCUAACCUCCACCCUGGCACAAGGCCCCCCAUCGCCCAUCCCUCUCAUUUCCAGAGCAUUCUUCUUACAGGACUUAAUCUCCUUGCUAAGCGUCUUCCCUGUUGCCUCCCAAAUUAAGGGUAAUGUCCUACCCCAGACUCAGGGCACAGCCCCACCUCUUUCCCUCUGCCUCGCCCCCACCACUGCCUGACCGAACCGCCCUCCUCGGAAGCCCUGCCCGUGCCCGCCCCCAGGCCUCCCCUGUCCAGGCCUCCCCCUCACGUUCCCCUGCUGUAGCUGCAACUCUGUUUUUUUU